AUGAGGGCGUGCGCGCUCUCCCUCGUCCUCCUCGCCACCGCCGCGUUCUUCCCACUCUCCACCUCAACCGACACCAUCGGCCCGUCCGAGUCCGUCACCACCGGCAAUAACGAGACGCUCGUCUCGGCCGGUGGCGUCUUCCAGCUCGGCUUCUUCAGCCCGGACGAUGAUGGCGCCAGGACGUACCUCGGCAUCUGGUACUACAACAUCACGGUGCACACCGUGGUGUGGGUCGCCAACCGCCACAGCCCAGUCCGCAGCACCCCGGGCGUGCUCCGGCUCUCCGCCGACGGCCGCCUCGUCAUCCUCGACGGCCAGAACGGCACGGUGUGGUCCUCGGCGGCGCCGACCAGGAACGUGACCGCCGGCGCCACCGCGCGGCUCCUGGACAGCGGCAACUUCGUCCUCAGCGCCGACGGGAGCGGCUCCGACUCUGACCAGAGCGUGGCGUGGCAGAGCUUCGACUACCCGACGGACACGCUGCUCCCGGGCAUGAAGCUCGGGGUGGACGUCAGGGCCAGCAUCACCCGGAACAUCACGGCGUGGCGCGCCGCGUCCGACCCGUCGCCGGGCGACGUCACGUUCAAGCUGGUCACCGGCGGGCUUCCGCAGUUCUUCCUCUUCCGUGGCGACGCGAGGCUGUACACGAGCGGGCCGUGGAACGGCGAGAUCCUCACCGGCGUGCCGUUCCUCGAGUCGAACGACGACUUCACCUUCAUGGUGGUGUACAGCCCCGACGAGACGUACUACAGCUACUCCGUCGGCGGCGACGCGCUGCUGUCGCGGCUCGUCGUGGACGAAGCGGCGGGGCAGGUGCAGCGGUUCGUGCUGCUCAACGGCGGGUGGAGCAACUUCUGGUACUUCCCAAUCGACGCGUGCGACUCCUACGCCAAGUGCGGGCCGUUCGGGUACUGCGACAACACCGGCCAGUCCCAGGCCUGCGUCUGCCUCCCGGGGUUCCAGCCACGGUCGCCGCAGCAGUGGAACCUCCGCGACGGGAAGGCCGGGUGCGUGAGGACGACCAGCCUCGGCUGCGGCGGCGGCGGCGCGAACGCGAGCAGCGACGGGUUCUGGGUCGUCAAGCGGAUGAAGCUGCCGGAGGCCACCAACGCGACGGUGUACCCCGGCAUGACGCUGGAGCAAUGCCGGCAGGCGUGCCUCAGCAACUGCAGCUGCCGGGCGUACGCUGCGUCGAACGUCAACGGGGGUCUCAACCGCGGCUGCGUCAUCUGGGCCGUCGAUCUGCUGGACAUGCGGCUGUACCCGACGGACGUUCAGGAUGUCUACAUACGGCUCGCGCAGUCGGAGAUAGAUGCGCUCAAUGCCGCAGCGAGACACCGGGUCCCGAGCAAGCGCGUGGUGAUCGGCGUCGUCGCGGCAGUUGCCGGCGUGCUUCUCCUGCCGUCGGUCGUCUGCUGCUGUGUCUGGAGGAGGAGGAGGAAACGUCACGGCGAGACCGAUCACCACGACGCGCUCCCGUUCAGGGCAAGGAAACAGCAAGCGUUGGACGAGGACUGGAAGAGUGCCGAGAAAGACGUCGACGACCUGCCGUUGUUUGAUCUGGCGGUGGUCCUGGCCGCCACGGACAGUUUCUCUGCGAGCAACAAGAUUGGCGAAGGAGGGUUUGGUCCUGUUUACAUGGCGUGGAUGAUGUGGAAAGAAGGCAGGAGCGUCGAUUUGGUGGACACGGUCAUGGACGGCAGCGGCGUCAACUACAGCGAGGUGCUGCGAUGCAUCCAGGUCGCCCUCCUGUGCGUCGAGGUGCAGCCCAGGAACAGGCCCCUGAUGUCGUCGGUCGUCAUGAUGCUGGCCAGCGAGAACGCGACGGUCCCUGAGCCGAACGAGCCCGGGGUGAACAUCGGGAAUAAGAACACGUCGGACACGGACUCGUCUCAUGGCCUCACGGCCAACAGCGUGACCAUAACCGCAAUUGACGCUAGGUAG